AUGGGCAAAGCGUUGAUAAUUGUGGACGUGCAGCACGAUUUUCUUCCUCCAAAGGGUUCAUUAGCGGUGUCUACGGGUGAUGAAGUGGUGUCCCCCAUUGUGGAAUUGAUGCAGGAUGAACGAUGGUGCGUGGUUGUAGCCACACAGGACUGGCAUCCCGAGAAUCACGUGUCGUUCGCUCGCAACCAUGAUCUGCCGGAUUUCAGCCCAUUUGACUACACAGCGCCCUCGAAUUCAAGCAAGACGCAGCGGGCUACAUUAUGGCCCGUACAUUGUGUGCAGGACUCAUGGGGCGCCCAACUGGCCCCAGAGCUUGCUCAGGCACUGGACGGUCUUCAAUGCGACCAUCAUGUGGUGCAAAAAGGAACUCUGAGCGACCGCGAAUAUUACUCUGCAUUCAACGAUAUUUGGAACGAUCACCACACAGGUUUGGACGCUUUGUUACAGAAACACGGCGUCAACGACGUGUUCGUUGUGGGGCUUGCCCUCGACUACUGCGUCAAAAGCACUGCCAUUUCAGCAGCCCAAUUGGGCUACCGGACCACCAUUCUUAAGGACUUCACCCGUGCCAUUGCCUCGGAUGACCGUUCUAUGUGCAAUCUCAAACAGGAGCUCGUUCAAAACGAUAUUUCACUGAAAUGA